UGUAUUACAUAAAUACGGAUUGGCAACUUGACCAUCAUAAAUAUAACAUUGCUAAAAAAAUUACAAUCAUACGUGGACAUAACAAAGUAUUUAAGCAAUAUCCUUUGCCCACCUAAAAAGUAACUCAGUUGACGAGUUGCUCUGCUGAACAGCUCAUUUUAAACAAAGUAUUACACAAUUACACAUUUAGCAGUACAUAAAUACACAAUUUUGAUAAACGAAAGUUUCCCAAAAACUUUUUAAAAAAUAUGGAUUUCCUAACCAUAUUUUUCAUACUUAUCGCCCUCCUCGCCCUUAUCGUUGCUUACUCACACAUAUCCUCCGCCCAGACUAAAGCCUACUACGAAUCCAGAAAUGUCGCGUACGGAGGAGGCACCACACUCCGCAUGUUUGUCGGGAUCUUUAAAGGGGUCAACAUGAUGGACUCGAUCUCCUUGCAGUAUCAAAGAAUGAAGGCCGCCAAUCAGAAAAUCCUUGCCAGCACGGUAUUCGGAAUGACGACGAUCACGAUAAUUGACCCAGCCGUUCUAAGAUCCGUGUUCGUCAAGGAUUUCGACCAUUUCGCGGACAGGCGGACAUCUCGGGACAAUUCCGCCUCGAAGGAUGUCCUCCUCUCGAAAGCUUUGUUCUUUAUGAUGGGGCGAAAUUGGCGCUUGUUGCGGUCAAAACUUACGCCCGCCUUUACGACGGGAAAGAUUAAGAGACUCCUCCCACUUUUUAAUGAGAGCGGGAAAAAGUUGGUGAAAUUUUUGGAGGGCGAGAUUUCAGGCGGAAAUGAGGUCGACUUUAUGCAGGCGUACUCCAAAUACACGAUGGACAUUAUUGCCACGGCGGUUUGUGGGAUUGACAGUGGGGCGUUUGAUCAGAAAGGGAUGUCCAAGUUUGAAGACAUGGCGGCCAAAUUGCAAAUACAGUUUGGUGGGGUGCAAUUCCUGAAGAUGAUGAUUAUCAUUACGUCGGCAAAGUUGGGAGAGUUUCUCGGACUUACGAUAUUUCCAAAGGAUGCUUCAGACUUUUUCUCUGCUGCUAUAAAAUCCUCAAUCGCACAUCGUAAAAACGAGUCUGCCAAGCGGACGGAUUUCCUCCAGUUAAUGUUGGAAGCACGCGAUAACCGCUUACGAGUGGAGGACGAUGAACUUUCAACCUUCGAAAAGGACGCCAUUCUGAAGGAUGAUCCUAGCAAGACGUCAACUUCUGACGAAAAUGUUCUCGAUGACGACGGAGUUGUCGCCAAUUCUGUCCUGUUUCUCUUAGCCGGCUAUGACACGACGCAAUCCCUCCUCGUCUUCUGCGCGUAUGCGUUGGCGUUAAAUCAAGAUGUACAGGACAAGUUGAGGGCAGACGUGACACGUGUACUUCAAGAACAAGGUGGGGACAUUGAUUAUCAUGCCGCACAUGAGAUGACUUACCUGGAUAUGGUGAUAAGUGAAACGUUACGUGUGUACCCCCCUGCCGGUGCCUCGGAUCGGAAGUGCACCAAGGACUACAAACUACCAGGGACGGAACUCAUCGUGAAGAAAGGACAAGGACUUUUAGUCCCGAUUUAUGCAAUGCAACAUGACCCCGAAUAUUUCCCGGAACCAGAAAAAUUUAAUCCGGAAAGGUUUUCAAAGGAGAACGAAGGAAACAUUGUUCCAUACACGUACAUCCCAUUUGGAUCAGGACCACGGAAUUGUAUCGGGAUGAGAUUCGCCUUAGCCGAAGUGAAAGUCGCGAUCGCCCAACUUGUCUACAAUUUCAGGAUUGAACCUUCAAGUAAGACUCCGAUUCCGAUGAAGUAUGCUAAAUCAGCCUCCCUGAAGCCGGAGGGGGGCCUGUUUUUAGGGUUGACUAAAAUUCAACAUUAAUAUUUCGGGGUUUGAUGGGUGGAAGUUUCGUCAAAAAAAUCCGACAAUUCGUACCUGCAUUUGUUCCAAUUUUAAACACAUAUUUAUGUAGAUUAAUACAUAUGUACCACAGAAGUACAUAAUAUGUAUAAUAUCUACUAACAUAUUAUGUUAGCAUAUACAUAAAUAAGUGCCUAAUUAAACAUGUAUGUAUAAGAAACACGUACACUUUGACUUCUCUUUAUAUUGCAUAUGCAAUAAAUACAUAUUUAUAUGAUCCCUA